AUAACUUAUAAGAAAUCCUGUUCAAAUUUAUUGUCAUGCACACACACUUCAGUUUCUUUGGGUUUCUGAUACUGGUACGCUUCCUCGAAGUUCUGACCGUGCACAGCACUGGGAACUGCUCCUUCGCCUUCAAUACAUCCCUGACCAUGGUGUGCAAGGGCAAUGUACCGCAGGAUAUGUAUUUAAUGUUCCGCGACAACAGGGCACCCACGUCCACGCCCUUCAGCUUAUGGAGGAGCGAGGAGGAGAAGGGUACCGACCCCAUUCUCCUGGUAUCGUUCUACACCACGAUGCUGGCGGACUACGAUACCAUCUUUCUGCACGGAAGUGCCCUAUUCAAUGGCCACUUCUUCCUAGUGCGCUCGGCUAACAAGCCCGACGAAGUCCUGUUCUUCACCCCGUCCACCCUGCACUGCUUCCCCUUCAGUAUGCGAUAUCUGAGUGAGCUGAGGAGGUACUGCCUGGGCUAUAGCGUGGGAAAGGGCGAUGAUUUUGCCCAGAGGCCGAUCCUGCACUACGGCUCCUUGUUCAUAAAGAGACCCGAGAUUCAAAAGGAAAGUGCAAGUACUUGCAGUCCGACCACAGAACUGAUGAUCUUGUGUGCGAUUAUCGUUUAUAAAUCAUUAAUCAAUUUUGUAACAGAAAAUGUGUUUCAAUUAUCGAACUAAUUAAAUAUCAAAAUUACAAGCAAAAAUCGUCUUCGUCUUUGACGCCAUGAUUUAUCAUUCUGUACAC